UUAGCCCUGAAAAUAACAAACGUCAACUGGCACCCCAAACUGAACAAAGCUGCACACCACACUUCUGACUACAGCAGCAGAGAAGCAAUCCUGAGGAGAGGGCAGGCCUUCAGCAUCACUCUGAACCUCAAAAGCACAGCCCAGGCUGGAGAAAACUUCACCUUUAUUGCAAGCACAGGACCAGCUCCAUCAGAAUCACAGCAGACCAAGGCCGUAUUUAACCUUUCUGAGGAGGAUGCCAGUGGCUGGAGUGCAACCCAAGAGCCCAGUGAGCCUGGCUGCAUGAACUUCACGAUAGUCAGCCCAGCCAACGCUGUCAUCGGACGAUACAAACUCAAACUGCAGACUGUUUCUGGGAACAAGGUCUCCUCAACACCCCUGGGACACUUUGUGCUACUCUUCAAUCCCUGGUGUCCAAAUGAUGACGUCUACAUGGCUAAGGAAAAGGAGCGACGGGAGUACGUCCUGAACGACAGUGGAAUCAUAUUCCAGGGGCUGGAAAAAUGCAUUGAACAAGAAGCUUGGGACUAUGGACAGUUUGAAGAGGGAAUCCUGGAGAUCUCUCUGGCUAUCCUGGAUCGAAGCCUGAGCCACCGCCAGGAUCCAGCUGCUGAUGUCUCCAAGCGGAGCAGCCCUGUCUACGUGAGCAGGGUUGUCAGUGCCAUGGUUAACAGCAAUGACGAGAAAGGAGUGGUGGAAGGGAAGUGGAGAGGGAAUUACCGCUCGGGAACCAACCCCCUGCAGUGGAGUGGAAGUGUCCCCAUCCUGCGCCAGUGGUACCGCAGGAGGUACAAACCUGUCCGCUACGGCCAGUGCUGGGUCUUUGCAGGAGUGAUGUGCACAGUUCUGAGAUCCUUGGGAAUACCUACUCGAGUUAUUACAAACUUCAACUCUGCCCACGACAGGAACAUAAAUCUGAGCAUUGACAAGUACAUUGAUGCUUCUGGAAAGACCUUGCACCUGAGUGAAGACAGCGUGUGGAAUUUCCAUGUGUGGAAUGAAAGCUGGUUCAUUAGAAGAGAUCUUGGCUCUUUUUAUGAUGGAUGGCAGGUUCUGGAUGCAACACCCCAGGAAAAAAGCAAAGGCAUAUAUCAGUGUGGCCCUGCCUCCACCAGAGCCAUUAAGGAAGGGGAUGUGAACCUGGAUUACGACAGCUCCUUUGUGUUUGCAGCAGUGAAUGCUGACUAUGUCACUUGGAUUCACUACAGCAAGAAAAGAAAAGAGAGAAUUUACUCUGAUACUAGGAAGAUUGGAAAAUUUAUCAGCACCAAAGCAGUGGGCACCAACUCCCGUGUGGAUGUCACUGCCAACUACAAAUACCCAGAAGGAUCCCCCAAAGAAAGGAGGGUGUAUAAGAAAGCUCUGAAGCUGCUGGGUGUGAGAAGCACUGGGAAGAGAACCAAAAUCAGGAGACGCAGAAGACCAAACAGGACACAGCCUGCACAGAAACCCAGCAUCUCAGGGAAGCUGAUCCUUGAGGCACCUCCUGUCAUGGGCCAGGACAUCCUCCUUACCUUGGCACUCAGGAACUUGGUCUCAGAUUUCAAGACCAUCAAGGUUAAACUGAGGGCUUCAGCCAUUCUCUACACAAGAAAACCAAAGGCAGAGAUUUUGCAGCUGUCUAGGUCUGUUAAACUGGGAUCAGAAGAAGCAAAAGAGGUUCCCUUCAAGAUCUCCUACACCCAGUACAAAGACUCUCUGAAGGAGGACAGGAAGAUCCUAGUGACAGCUCUAUGUGAAACCAAGCAGGGAGCCUCACUUCUAGUGGAAAAAGACAUUGUACUUCAGAACCCUUUGCUCACCAUCCAGGUCCUGGGUCCAGCAGUGGUACACAAGGCUGUCAAUGUGGAGGUGACCUUCACUAACCCACUGUCUGAAACUGUGACAGACUGUGUGUUGAGAGCAGAAGGCAGUGGCCUGCUCCAAGAGCAGCUCAGAAUCAGUGUGGCAAGAAUGGGCCCCCUGGAGAGCUCAACAAUCCAGUUUGAAAUCAUUCCCUAUAAAAGUGGCACCAGGCAGCUUCAGGUGGACUUGGUUUGCAUCCACUUUUCAGACAUUAAGGGAUUUGUGAUGGUUGAUGUGGGCCCUGCUCACUGA